AUGAACCAACUACAACUAUUCAUUCUUGUACUCGUGGUCUCUCUUAGAUCAUCAACUGGAUUCUUCUUAGGAGAAACCAACUUUGCCACUCCGUUGUCAACUCGAAAUGCCAAUGCACAACAGCCUUCUCCAAAUGUUAUUCGAAGCAAUGUAACGACUGCCUUGAUUGGAGAAAGUAAAACAAAACUUGCCUUUGUACCAAACACUGGCAAUUCAUAUUUAUCUAGGCCCUCCUCCUCCUCCUCCUCCUUCCAUCUCUACUGUGAUUUGGACGGCGUCUUGGUCGACUUUGAAGGAGGCUUUGUAGACCUCACAGGGAAACCAACUGCCAAAAUUGCCAAGCAAACCAUGUGGAAGCACAUUGUCCGCGCCAAUGCCUUUUUCGAAAACUUGCGCUGGACCAAGGAUGGUCAAGUUUUGUGGGAGGCCAUUAAGCACUUGGAGCCCGACAUUUUGACCGGAUGUCCCUCUCACGAAUCCUCUCGCACUGAAAAAUUCAAUUGGUGCCAUCAACAGUUGGGAGUCGAUCGUCUCCAUCACGUUGACAUGGCCAGUGGAUUUCGGCAUCACCGAUCAGUCAAUGGGAAUCGUCGGCAAGAAGGCUUCACCAAUAUCAUUACUUGCUGGUCGGAAAACAAGUUCCGAGAGUGCACAAGGGCUGGAUCUAUUCUUAUUGACGAUCGUGAUGACCUUCGACCCGCUUGGGAAGCAGCUGGUGGACUGUUUGUGCAUCAUACAGAUGCCAAAAAUACACUUCGACAACUGAAAGCCCAUGGUAUCCUCUGA